GAAACACAACGCAACCGCGACAAAGCUCGCAACAAAACCGCCAGGAAACGAGCCGGCACCUGAUGAGUCAACUCUUGCAGUAGAUAUACAUUCUGAAUUGUGCGCCUCUUGCGCACAUUAAUUUCCUCCCUUCCUCCGAGUAGCGCGAUGGUGCCGCCGGUCCACGCUGCCGCAAGCGCAGCCACAGCAAAUGCGUCACGGCCGAGUCUCUCUCGUUCCCGCCGCUCUCGCGCCUCGGGAUCUUUCCACGCAGGAGAGCCGUUCAAUUUCUCCUACAGCGACUCCAUAGCGAGCAGAAGCCGACCCCGGAGACCUCCCACAGCAGAAACUCGACGUCUGCUCCGCCGGCAGUCGACCCCCAAAUAUCACACCUUUCCGACCCCCCCACCCGCUACACCCUACGACGGGCAACAGUCCCCCCGGGAGCGUCGCCCAUGGUAUAUCCGACUGUUCCGACCGCCCGACGAGAACCAGCACCUUGAGGCCGAUGGCGCGCGCGGCGGCAGCACGCAACAUCCGCCCGGCGGGAGGAGGAGUGAUCAUGAUCAUUCCGAAGAUGAGCACGCAACUCCACUGCCAUGGACAGCUCUCGGCCUGCUCGCUCUGCUCUCCCUGGCCGAACAAACAGCGCUCAAUUCGAUAGGCCCAUACCUGCCGACCAUGGUGGCCUCGUUCGACGAGAUCCCGGUCGGUCAGGAAGGCCUGUAUGUGGGACUGUUGGCCUCGGCCUUUGCUCUCGCGCAGCUGGCUACGAAUUUGCUGUGGGGAUACUUGUCGGAUCGCGUUGGAAGAAAGCCCACCAUGCUACUUGGCACGUCUCUGCUCAUGGCGUGCUUCGUCUUCUUUGGCCUUUGCAAGACAUAUGUCCAGCUGCUCAUGGUGCAUAUCGCCAUGGGCCUCCUGAACGGCAACGCAGCCAUUGUGCCGACAUGCUUGGGCGAGCUAACGGACCGCACCAACCAGAGCAGCGCUUUCACCUGGCUGCCCGUCAUCUACAGCCUCGGGAGCAUUACGGGGCCCGCCCUCGGUGGUCUGCUGGUCGGAAUUGCCGGUGGCGCUAAGUACCCAUUCCUGGCUCCGAAUGUCUUCGUUGCGGCGCUUCUGCUUUCCAGCGUCGUUGUCCUGGCUAUUUGGUUUGAGGAGACGCUUGAUGGCGGCGACCAUUCUGCUGCGGGUCCGGCUUGGGACGGGUUGAAGAGGGCGAGGAACUGGUGCGCAGCACGACUCGGCCUGUCCAGCGAAGCGUCGUCGCGGGGGAAAGGAAAACGGAUGUCACCCCCACUCGGCAACGGUUCGGAGGGCUCGGACGAUUACUCCAACAGCGGGAACGAGUCCUCAGACUCUGACUCUGCUGAUGGAAGACAGCCGCUGCUCGGGUCGGAGGCGAGUGCGGGUGAGGAAGGUGGUGACAGCAAGAUGGACCCCGAGCACUACAUCUCAGGUUUCCAGCCAUUGCGAAACCGCAACACCAUCGCAGUCCUUGGCACGUAUCUUGUGUUUCAACUCGCCAACAUUUCUUUCAACUCGCUCUACCCCAUAUUCGCCGCGGCACCACCGCCCACAGGUCGCAACCUGGGCCCUGGCACAAUCGGCGUCAGUCUCUCGCUGGCUGGUCUGGCUACGAUCCUGUUUCAGCUGUCCAUCUUCCAAAAGCUCAAAUCGCGCAUGGGAAACCUGGGAACUUAUCGGUACUCGCUUUUGGGCAUGGCUAUCAGCAUGGCGCUCAUGCCAUGGAUCGGUUAUGUUGACAGCAAGCCAGUGAUUGGAUUGGGAACAGGCAAGGCCUGGCUGUACGGCGAGUUGGGUGUCGCCUUGAUCCUGAAAAACAUCUGUGCCGUUGGUGGUCUCAGCAGUGUUAUGCUCUUGAUCACCAACUCUGCGCCCUCGCACGAAACCCUGGGCACGCUCAACGGCAUGGCCCAGACCCUCUCGGCAGCUGGCCGCAGUUUCGGGCCCCUUCUGUCUGGCGGGCUCUUCACCGUCUCGACAAGGGUGAGGCUGAAAGGGGAGGCACUUGCAUGGGGUCUCUUUGCCGGUAUCACGCUCUUGGGGUGGGUGGGUUCAUAUGCUAUCCGUAGCAAGGGUCUGGAGAGCGCGGAAUUCACGGACGGUGCCCAAUGCGAUGAUGGGGACGCGUCCGGGGAUGAGGAACAGCACGUCGGUACUUGAUUCUGGGAUAAUCCUUUAAUUCUUAUCUUGGUUGAUACAACAGGAUGGAACUUGUUAAAUCUAUGUUACUGGAAAAGUGUAGUAGGGUCCUGGAGAUAUUACACUGGCAAAGAGGGGCGGUGCUCGCUGAAGGAAUGCGUUUCACGGCUUCAACUGACCCGUUAUAGUUAUGUUGCUCUUCUUCAAGAAAGUAAAUCAUUU